AUGAAAGUGACUGUGUGCUUCGGCAGGACCAGCAUCGUGGUGCCCUGCAAGGAGGGCCAGCUGCGCGUCCGCGAGCUCACGCAGCAGGCGCUGCAGCGGUACCUAAAAACCCAGGAGAAGGAUCCUGGCUACUGGGUGAAGAUUCAUCACUUAGAAUACACAGAUGGAGGAAUCCUGGAUCCAGAUGAUGUUUUGGCAGAUGUCGUGGAAGACAAAGAUAAGCUGAUUGCUGUGUUCGAGGAACAAGCACCACUUCACAGGAUUGAGAGCCCCAGUGGAAACCUGGCGGAUCAGCAGGGCCCAGAGGCCUUGGAGAGGGACGUGGCUGCCCAGCUGGCUACAUUUAAACCGAUUGGUGGGGAAAUAGAAGUAACGCCUUCUGCUCUGAAAUCAGGCACUCCACUGUUGGUGCGGAGAAGCAGUGACCCAGCACCUGGCCCACCUGCUGAUGUCCAGCCAAGUGCUUCACACCCCAGUGGCCAGAGUUUGAAACCUGUUGUUCUAGAUUCCUCACAGAACAUGGAAGACAGAGAAGUUAUGAAUGGUGUACAGACAGAAUUCCUGACAUCGCCAAAAACUAAAGAUGCAUUAAGUGAUAUGACAAGAACAGUGGAGAUUUCUGGGGAAGGAGGACCUUUGGGAAUACAUGUAGUGCCCUUCUUUUCAUCUCUGAGUGGAAGGAUUCUAGGACUCUUCAUCCGUGGCGUUGAAGAAAACAGCAGGUCCAGGAGGGAGGGACUGUUCCAUGAAAAUGAAUGCAUUGUAAAAAUCAACAAUGUGGAUCUUGUAGACAAAACCUUUACUCAAGCUCAAGAUGUCUUCCGUCAGGCAAUGAAAUCCCCAAGUGUGCUUCUCCAUGUGCUUCCACCCCAAAACCGUGAAGAGUAUGAAAAAUCAGUCAUUGGACCUCUUAAUAUCUUCGGUAACAAUGAUGGCAUUUUGAGAGCAAAGGUGCUGCCUCCUGCCCAUGGAAAACCGGGAAUAAAAACAGUAAAUCAGACAGAAACAAGUAGUCCUGAGGCAGAAGCAUCACCUUCCCUGCAACCAAACAAGAGCCCCCGAAUCUCGAGACAAGGAAGAAAGCCAUCCUCUCCCUCGCUCUCCCCUCUCAUGGGGUUUGGCAGCAAGAAAAAUGCAAAGAAAAUUAAGAUUGACCUAAAGAAAGGUCCUGAAGGACUUGGUUUCACUGUGGUUACCAGAGACUCUUCCAUACAUGGUCCUGGGCCUAUUUUUGUGAAAAACAUUUUACCAAAGGGAGCAGCCAUAAAAGAUGGCCGUCUGCAAUCGGGGGACAGAAUUUUGGAGGUAAAUGGCAGAGAUGUCACUGGACGAACACAGGAGGAGCUCGUGGCCGUGCUGAGGAGUACCAAGCAGGGAGAAACAGCAUCACUGGUCAUUGCCCGGCAACAAGGAAAUUUUCUUCCCCGAGAGCUGGAUGGUCGCCUGCGAGUAAAUGACCAACUGAUUGCAGUUAAUGGAGAAUCUCUUUUGGGAAAGUCCAACCAUGAAGCUAUGGAAACACUUAGGCGAUCAAUGUCCAUGGAAGGAAACAUACGAGGGAUGAUCCAGUUGGUGAUUCUGAGGAGACCAGAGAGGCCUAUUGAGGAGCCUACAGAGAGUGGGGCAUUUUCCAAGCCAUGCUUUGAGAACAGUCAAAACACUGCAGGCACCAUCAGGAGAGAUGACUGUAAUAGCACGCUGCAUCCAUUUGGCAGUUACAGUCCACAAGACAAGUGGAAAGAACUAUUGCUUCCAAAUGAUGGAUGGACAGAGAGUGAAGUACCACCUUCUCCACCACCACAUCCUGGUCUGGAAUUGGGCCUUGAAGAUUACAGCCACAGCUCUGGAGUGGAUUCGGCAGUAUAUUUUCCAGAUCAACACAUCAACUUCAGAUCUGUGACACCGGCCAGGCAGCCUGAAUCAAUUAAUCUGAAAGCCUCGAAGAGCAUGGACCUUGUGCCAGAUGAAAGCAAAGUCCACUCAUUGGCUGCACACAAAUCGGAAUCUCCAGGCAAAGAUUUUGGUCCAACUCUGGGCUUGAAAAAAUCCAGUUCCUUAGAAAGUCUGCAGACUGCUGUCGCUGAGGUCAGAAAGAACGAACUUCCUUUCCACAGGCCCCGGCCACACAUGGUUCGUGGCCGCGGCUGCAACGAGAGCUUCCGAGCAGCCAUUGACAAAUCCUACGAUGGGCCUGAAGAAUUUGAAGGUGACAGUCUGUCUGAUAAGAGCUCUCACUCUGGCCAAGGAGCUCUGAAUUGUGAAUCUGCCCCUCAGGGGAACUCUGAGCUAGAGGACAUGGAAAAUAAAGCCAGGAAACUCAAAAAACCCAAAGAGAAGGAAAAGAAAAAGGAAAAGGGCAAGUUGAAAGUCAAGGAGAAAAAGCGAAAAGAGGAAAAUGAAGAUCCAGAGAGGAAAAUAAAGAGGAAAGGAUUUGGCGCCAUGCUGAGAUUUGGGAAGAAAAAAGAAGAUAAAGGUGGAAAGGCCGAGCAGAAAGGUGCUGUGAAGCAGGGUGGCCUGAGAGAAGAGGAGCUACAGAAGAUGAAAGAGGAACGUGAAAGGAUUGGAGCAAAACAUCAGGAGCUAAGGGAAAAGCAGGCAAGAGGUCUUGUUGAUUACACUACCGGUGCAUUUGGAUCAGUACAUGAUAUGGACGAUGAUGAAAUGGACCCCAAUUACGCCAGAGUGAACCAUUUCCGGGAGCCAUGUACGUCAGCAAGUGUCUAUAGGUCUCCAUCUCCACCUCGUCCUGGACCACUUGGCUACCCUCGGGAUGGACGUCCACUGUCUCCAGAAAGGGACCACUUAGAGGGUCUCUAUGCCAAGGUCAACAAACCCUACCAUCCACCGGCUCCAGCUGACAGUGGCCGUCCCACAGGUGGAAGCUCUGACCGUAUCCAGAAGUUGCGGAAGGAGUAUCAUCAGGCUCGAAGGGAAGGUUUUUCUCUAUAUGAAGAUGAUGAAGGAAGAGCAAGAUCUGACUAUGACUUCCACUGGGUGUCUGGAAAGGGUCCAGAUGGGAAUGCACACAACCUCCACUUGGAAGGGAUGGAGAGACAGUACGCAUCCUUACCCAGGGGAGGACCUGUGGAUCCUGUAGACUAUCUGACAGCUGGACCUCGAGGGCUCUACAAGGAAAGGGAGCUUCCUUACUACCCAGGGCCUCACCCUGUGCAUCCUCCAAAAGGGGGCUAUCCCCGCCUCCCGGAUCUGAGGGUCACAGAUCUCCGGUAUCCUCAGUAUUACCCACCCCCGCCAGCCCCCCAGCACAAAGGACCCUUCCGACAAGAUGUUCCACCUUCCCCUCCUCAGCACCACAGAGCACCAGCCUACCAGGAAAUAGGCAGACCAGGCCCCCAUGGGGGCAGCCCAGACCAGUACCCUUAUCGAACCCAGGAUCCUCGACAGAAGAACCCCAUGACUGCAGCCGUAUAG